AUGUCGGAAGACGCACAACUAAUUGACAAGUUCCAGCAGCUUACUGGUGCUCCAGAAACCGUUGCCAGACACUUUCUGGCCCAGAACAACAACAAUUUGGAGUCGUUCAGCGAGAUUAGAGAGCAGGAGGACGAUGAUGAGGAUACCAACUUGUUUACCGGUGGCGAAAAGUCUGGGUUGCAAGUGGAGAACCCUGACAAGCCAAACCCAUUGGGAUUGGUUCAGGAAUUGAUCAAGAAGGCAGAACGCGAGGGCUCGGAGCCAGACCGCCGGAAGCCGUUGCACAGCGUCAAGCAAACGAAAUUCACAGGAACAGGCUACAAACUGGGAUCGGUCGACAACGCCGUCGAUUCAAAGGUCAUUGAGGAUUCCCAAAAGAAAGGUUUCAGAGUGCCUGAAAAAGUCAACAGAACAAUCACUUUCUGGAAAGAAGGGUUCCAGGUGGGCGAGGGAAAGCUUUACAGAUACGACGAUCCAAACAACGCUGAUUAUUUAAGACAACUGAACUCGGGCCGUGCUCCAUUGAGCCUGUUAGACGUGGAAAUGUUCCAGGACGUGGACGUGACCGUGGUGAAGAAGAUGGACGAGUCUUACACCCCACCGAAGCCCAAACAGGGUGGCUUUGUGGGCAGUGGUCAACGACUUGGAUCUCCGGUUCCUGGCGAGCCAAAACCCGAGCCGGUUGUUGAAGAGACGGCACCAGCGGCUGCAGCAGGGGCUACUCCGGAGCCCGAAGACCAAGGCGCAGGCGACGCCAAGGUCCAGAUCAGGCUUGCUGACGGGUCGCGUGUGGUGCACAACUUCAACUCUUCUGAUGACGUAAGCACCGUGUUUGAGUUUGUCAAGUCGCAAACGAACACCGACAGAGAGUGGGUGCUAGCGCACGCGUUCCCGAUGAAGGUAAUCGAGCGGGAUUCCAAGUCGAUCAAGGACGCCGGGCUGGUGAACUCGGUGGUGGUGCAGAGAUGGAAAUAG